UUCUGUUCUGUUCUGUCCUGGCCCGGCUCAGAGCUGUGCUGAUGGUGCUGGUUCUGGUUGGGUUCUGCAGCAGCAGCAGGUGCGGCGGUGCUGCUUCCUGUGUCGUGUGGUUUCCUGUCUGUAGGUGGAGGAUGUUCAGGCGGUUGCUGCAGCCGCCGCAGCUGAUUGGUCGAGGCGUCUGUGUGAAGUCGUCACUCGACGCUGCAGAGGAGCCGCUGCGGCACAACGGCUGGUCGGCCCACUCAGCCUCGCCCAGCGCCGCCGGUACCGCCCGGCCGUGACUCAGACCCGCAGAGGCUUCGGACGCCGGAGUCGGGCACCGCCGACGCCACGCGACUCAGUGAGACGGCAGACAUCUUGGAAGAUGGUGGCUCUCUGGCUGCAGUAGCUGAUCUGGAUCUUCGGCGCCAAGUCUCUGGGCUGCAGAUGAACAAUGGACGUCUCCUGGCUGUCUCUGCUCAUGAUGGCCGCCGCCGUCGUUGCCUCCGUCCUGCUGGCCGCCGUCUGCUUGGACUGUGGCAACAAAAGUCCUCUGGCCUCCAUCAGCCAGACGGCGGCAUCAGAGGAAUACGUCCCAAGUUCUGGAUUCAUCGUUGUCCAUCCAUUUGCCGGUCAGGCCCGGUUGGACCAGAACCUGGUCCACUCUCCCCCCACCCUGAAGCCUCACUCGAUCCCUGCUGGUCGCGGUUCUGGCCAGCCACUCCGGCCCUAUACACCGACAGAAACCGAGAGCAACCCGAGUUACGAGAACCCGGCCCCGGAAACGGAUUUUCCCGACAGCGACGCUGAAGGCAACGGAUACAUAGAGGUCCUUCCUGAAACCGAGCCGAGCCGAGCCUCCACUCCCAGUUUAGAUAGUGCCGACUACGUCAACCUUGAAGAUGAAAAUAAAAAACAAGCUUUGGAACCGGAACCAGAGCCAGACCAGGACUCGGACUCAGACUCGGACUCAGAAUCUGAUCACAACUACGAGAACGUGAAGUCAGCAAACGGAUCUCCUGCAGCCUCGACGCCGGACGAAGACGAUGAGAACUACGUGAACGUAUGAUCUGGUUGGCCCAGCAGGAGGACCGGUUCUGACAGCUCUUCAUCCUCAUCUUCAUCAGAACCAGGAUCCUCCAGCCUCCUUUUACACUGCUGUUUCACCUCUUAGCUUGAUUUCUGUAAACUUUGACUAGACCUCUAGACUGACUUGAGCGGCUAAUUUAAGGCUAAAUAAUCUGACUGACGGGGAGCUAAAGAUGAGGGUGAUGGACUGAGGCCCUUCCAGCCUCUGGGACGGUUUGACUGAUGUGAAGCCAAUAAAAGUGUUUCUAUUAAUGAGAAGGGUAGAAAUACUUUUUAAUAUAUUUUAUUCAAAUAAAAGUAGAAAGGGAUUUUUUUGAUUUGGAAGUUUUCUAUUUUCCAACCAUCAAACAAACUUCUUGGUUUGAAUCUGCCAAGAAUAUGAACAGUAAGAACGAAAAAUGCUCCGAUGAGGAGGAGGAGGAAAUAUGAACGUCUCAAGUUUCUGUGGGAAUAUUGGAGCUCCAGAACCGAAACACGAUUUUGAUCAUCCAAGAUUUUCUCCAGCUCUUGGAUGAUCCAGCGGCUUCAGAAACAAAUCGGGUCAAUUAUCCAAUCAACUGGACAAAAUGUCUGUUUAGUGACAUUUUUACCAUGUCACUUGUUUAUGAUUGAUUGAGGCUGAAUGCCCAAAUUAUUGCUGUUAACUUUUGAUUAUGUAACUUUUCAAAUGACACACAUGAAAGGAAACGUCUGACUUACUUGGAUAGGCAAAUGCGAAGGUCGGAGGUCAACCAGUCAUUCUGGAUGAAAUGGAGACAGUCUGGGAACACAGCCCUGUUUAACAUCAUGUUGCUCUAACCGGGAUUAAAUAAUCCAACGAUCCUAAUCUGUUAGAACGAUCUGAUGCAGACUCCUUAAUCUAGAUUGGGUUGUCUCUCCGUGUUUCUGAUUUGACUCUCCAGAUUUUUCAAUAAUCUGAAUUAUUAUUGAUAACCGUUUAUCUAAAGCUUCGUGUUCACCUCCUGAGAAUUUCCUUUAAAUGUGACUUUUAAAUCCAGAAGAUCAAUCUCUGAAACAUUUAAACAAAAAUCCAGAUUAAUCCCGAUUAGCACCAGGGUGAGGAGACUUCCUGUUGUCAGGCAUGGGGUUAAAUAUUUAGUUUAUUGAUUCACUUUCCAAAUGACUGUGGUAUUUUUGCUGGCGUUGGACGCCGUUUCAUUUCACUGACGACUCCUGAGAAUGUUUUUGAUCCAGCGUCUAUUUAAAUGUUUUCUGUCAUCUGAUCUAGAAAUGUUUUUAUCUGAAUUAAAUUGAACAUUUUAGAAAAAC